AUGGCAGAACCUGAACUAGUUGUACCUGCAACUGGUAACUGGUCGGACAGCCACUGCCUGAUCACUACAGUUGAGAGACACAUAACCCGCAGCUACCGCAGCCCAGCUCCAGCACAGUACCCAACACAGGAGUCUCACAUUUCCUCAAAAGUGCCUAAUGAGGUGCCAGAACGGCUGCUGCCUCGGCGUGUCAGUCAGCAGGUACCUGGCACCCCUGUGCUGGCUGGCUCCCGUACAAGAAUGCGCACGUACCGCUGCGCAGCAGCUCCAGAGUCCCGGAGUGAUGAUAACAGUGUCUUUGAUCUCUUUGAACUCAUUGGCUACAUUCGGAAGGGAGCUGGGCGCCGGGCACCGGGGGUGCACCUGGUGAAGGGGCCAGAAUCCUCCAGCCCUGCUUACCGCAUUGAAGAUGCCAGUCGCAUCCCUGCUGUCCCUGACGCCAAAUUCCAAGACUUACUAGAUGCCAUCCAUGCUGAGAAGGGCUUCAUCCUCCUGGCCACUCUUCGGCAAGCCAAGAAGAGUAGAGGCACACUGCUGUCUGUGGAACAAAAGGAUGGCUCUGGUCACGUCUUCAGUCUAGUAUCAAAUGGCAAGGCAGGCACCCUGGACCUGAACCUUUCUAGUGAUGGCAAGCAGCAAUUAGUGUCAGUAGAGGAUGCCUUGCUAGCUACAGGACACUGGAAGAAUAUCACCCUGUUUGUGCAGGAGGAUCGGGCUCAGCUCUAUGUGGGGUGUGAGAAAAUGGAGAAUGCUGAACUGGACAUCCCCAUCCAGAACAUCUUCACUAGGGACCUGGCCAGCAGUGCCAGGCUCCGCAUUGCCAAAGGGGGAGUCAAUGACAACUUCCAGGGACUGCUGCAGAACGUGAGGUUUGUGUUUGGAGCAACUCUGGAAACUAUCUUGAGGAACAAAGGCUGCUCAAGCUCCACUAGUGCGAUCAUUACUUUGGACAACCCCAUCAAUGGCUCCAGUCCAGCUAUCCGCACUAAUUAUAUUGGCCAUAAAACCAAGGAUAUCCAAGCAGUCUGUGGUUUUUCCUGUGAUGAAUUAACAAAUAUGUUUGUGGAACUCCAAGGGCUCCGAUCCAUGGUGACAACACUUCAAGACAGAGUUCGCAAAGUGACUGAAGAAAAUGAACUGAUUGCCAAAGUGGUCCAGAUCACUCCUGGAGUAUGCAUUCAUAAUGGAAUCUUGCACAAAAAUAAAGAAGAGUGGACUAUUGACAGCUGCACUGAAUGUACCUGCCAGAACUCUGCCACCAUAUGCCGGAAAGUGUCCUGUCCUCUCAUGCCAUGUUCCAAUGCCACUGUGCCUGAUGGGGAGUGCUGCCCACGAUGCUGGCCCAGCGAUUAUGCAGAUGAUGGAUGGUCUCCUUGGUCUGAAUGGACUUCAUGUUCUGUGACCUGUGGCAAUGGGAUUCAGCAGAGAGGGCGAUCCUGUGACAGUCUCAAUAACCGCUGUGAAGGGUCUUCUGUGCAGACUCGGACUUGUCACCUUCAGGAGUGCGACAAGAGAUUUAAACAGGAUGGUGGCUGGAGUCACUGGUCGCCAUGGUCAUCAUGUUCUGUCACUUGUGGCAGUGGCAUCAUCACUAGAAUUCGUCUCUGCAACUCUCCAGUACCACAGCUGAAUGGCAAACCUUGUGAGGGUGAGGCAAGAGAAAACAAAUCCUGCCAGAAAGAUCCUUGCCCAAUUAAUGGCAACUGGGGACCAUGGUCUCCAUGGGAUGCUUGCACAGUGACAUGUGGAGGAGGACUUCAAAAACGGAGCCGUCUCUGCAAUAAUCCUGAGCCUCAAUAUGGUGGGAAGACUUGUGUAGGUGAAGCUAGAGGGACUCAGGUCUGCAACAAACAGGACUGCCCAAUUGAUGGGUGUCUGUCCAAUCCCUGCUUUGCAGGGACUACUUGUACCAGCUCCCCUGAUGGCUCCUGGAAGUGUGGUGCCUGUCCUGCUGGCUACCAUGGUGAUGGUAUCCACUGCGAAGAUAUUGAUGAGUGCAAAGAGGUUCCUGAUGCCUGCUUUGUCUUCAAUGGAGUGCACAGGUGUGAGAAUACUAAACCUGGGUACAACUGUCUGCCUUGUCCACCACGUUUCACCGGGACACAGCCAUUUGGUCGCAGUGUUGAGGAUGCCAUGGCUAACAAACAGGUCUGCAAGCCACGUAAUCCAUGCACAGAUGGAACACAUGAUUGCAACAAGAAUGCCAAAUGCAAUUACCUUGGCCACUUCAGUGACCCCAUGUACCGCUGUGAAUGUAAACCAGGCUAUGCUGGCAAUGGCAUAAUCUGCGGAGAAGAUACUGACUUGGAUGGAUGGCCAAAUGAGAACCUUGUUUGUGUUGCCAAUGCCACUUAUCACUGUAAAAAAGAUAACUGCCCAAAUCUGCCCAACUCUGGACAGGAAGACUAUGAUAAGGAUGGGAUUGGUGAUGCCUGUGACAGUGAUGAUGAUGAUGAUGGUAUUCCUGAUGACAGGGACAACUGUCCAUUCAUCUACAACCCACAGCAGUAUGACUAUGACAGGGAUGAGGUUGGUGACCGCUGUGAUAACUGCCCCUACAAUCACAACCCUGAUCAAACAGACACUGACAACAAUGGAGAAGGAGAUGCAUGUGCAGUAGAUAUUGAUGGAGAUGGGGUCCUUAAUGAAAUGGACAACUGCCAAUAUGUCUACAAUGUAGACCAGAGGGAUACAGACUUAGAUGGUGUUGGAGAUCAGUGUGAUAACUGUCCAUUGGAACACAAUCCUGACCAGGAAGACACUGAUUCUGACCUCAUAGGUGAUCAGUGUGACAACAACCAGGACAUUGACGAAGAUGGCCAUCAAAAUAAUCUUGAUAACUGCCCCUAUGUGCCCAAUGCCAAUCAAGCUGACCAUGACAAGGAUGGAAAAGGUGACGCCUGUGACCAUGAUGAUGAUAAUGAUGGUAUCCCUGAUGACAAAGAUAACUGCAGAUUGGUUGCCAACCCAGAUCAAGCUGAUUCUGAUGGUGAUGGACGUGGAGAUGCUUGCAAAGAUGACUUUGACCAAGACAGUGUGCCAGACAUCGAUGAUAUCUGCCCUGAAAAUGUAGAUAUUAGUGAGACUGAUUUCCGAAGAUUCCAGAUGAUUCCCUUGGAUCCCAAAGGAACAUCCCAGAAUGAUCCAAACUGGGUUGUUCGUCACCAGGGUAAAGAACUGGUUCAGACAGUAAACUGUGACCCUGGCCUUGCAGUCGGUUUUGAUGAAUUCAAUGCUGUGGACUUCAGUGGCACCUUCUUCAUCAAUACAGAAAGGGAUGAUGAUUAUGCUGGUUUUGUAUUCGGUUACCAAUCUAGCAGUCGUUUCUAUGUUGUCAUGUGGAAGCAGAUCACCCAGUCUUACUGGGACUCCACGCCAACCAAAGCUCAAGGCUACUCAGGUCUCUCCAUCAAAGUUGUGAAUUCCACCACUGGUCCAGGAGAACACCUUCGUAAUGCUCUGUGGCACACAGGAAACACUCCUGGCCAGGUGAGAACUUUGUGGCAUGACCCUCGUCACAUAGGCUGGAAAGAUUUCACUGCAUACAGAUGGCGUCUUAGCCACAGACCAAAGACUGGUUACAUCAGGGUUGUAAUGUAUGAAGGGAAGAAAAUCAUGGCAGACUCGGGACCCAUCUAUGAUAAAACGUAUGCUGGUGGUCGGCUAGGAUUAUUUGUCUUCUCUCAAGAAAUGGUGUUCUUCUCAGACCUUAAAUAUGAAUGCAGAGAUCCAUAA